AUGAAAAGUCUCGUCAUUGCAGCCGUCUUGUGUGUGGCAAAGAUCAAUGCUAUUGACUUUUCAUCCGAUGCGACCUAUUCAGGUGAACAGACUACUUCCAAUCCAAUUCAAGACGAUAAUGCCGACACAAAAUCCAUUACCGAAGCACUUUCGACAGGUGAGAGCCCCAUGAAAGAUCCCACGGAAGUAACCUCUCCUGAAGCUGAGAAGAUGGUCGAGCUGACCGAGACAAAUGAGGAAGACUGCAAUAAUGAAUACGACAUGGCUAAGCCUGAAGACAAGCCGGAUGACAAGUCUGAUGACAAGACUGAAGACAAGACUGAAGACAAGCCGGAUGACAAGUCGGAUGACAAGACUGAAGACAAGACUGAAGACUGUGACGAGGGUCUGGACAUUGCAAAGGAGAAAGAGGAGGAUUGCAAUGAUGACUUGGACAUUGCUAAGGAGGAAGAUUGCGUUGAAGGCUUGGACAUUGCCGGAAAGGACGAUGGUAACACACCUACGGAAACUUCCGACGGUGGUGAGAGCGCAGGCGGUGAACCCAGCACUCACACGUACGAGGGUGUCGAAAGCAGCGAGGGGACUGACACGACCAACACCAAAGACGAUGCUGCCUCGAACGACAGUAAGGAAGUUACUGAAACUGCCAGCGGCGGAGAGGCCGCAGGUGGUGAAAAGACCGCAGGUGAUGGAAAGGCCGCAGAUGGUGGAGAGACCGGAGACGGUGGAGAGGCCGCAGGUGGUGAAUCCAGCACUCACACGUACGAGGGUGGCGAAAGCAGCGAGGGGACUGACACGACCAACACCAAAGACGGUGCUGCCUCGAACGACAGUAAGAAAGUUACUGAAACUGCCAGCGGUGGAGAGGCCGCAGGUGGUGAAAAGACCGCAGGUGAUGGAAAGGCCGCAGAUGGUGGAGAGACCGGAGACGGUGGAGAGGCCGCAGGUGGUGAAUCCAGCACUCACACGUACGAGGGUGGCGAAAGCAGCGAGGGGACUGACACGACCAACACCAAAGACGGUGCUGCCUCGAACGACAGUAAGAAAGUUACUGAAACUGCCAGCGGUGGAGAGGCCGCAGGUGGUGAAAAGACCGCAGGUGAUGGAAAGGCCGCAGAUGGUGGAGAGGCCGGAGACGGUGGAGAGGCCGCAGGUGGUGAAUCCAGCACUCACACGUACGAGGGUGGCGAAAGCAGCGAGGGGACUGACACGACCAACACCAAAGACGGUGCUGCCUCGAACGACAGUAAGAAAGUUACUGAAACUGCCAGCGGUGGAGAGGCCGCAGGUGGUGAAAAGGCCGCAGGUGAUGGAAAGGCCGCAGAUGGUGGAGAGGCCGGAGACGGUGGAGAGGCCGCAGGUGGUGAAUCCAGCACUCACACGUACGAGGGUGGCGAAAACGAGAAGACUGACACGACCAACACCAAAGACGGUGCUGCCUCGAACGACAGUAAGGAAGUUACUGAAACUGCCAGCGGUGGAGAGGCCGCAGGUGGUGAAAAGCGCAGGGAUGGAAAGACCGCAGAUGGUGGAGAGACCGGAGACGGUGGAGAGGCCGUAGGUGGUGAACUCAGCACUCACACGUACGAGGGUGGCGAAAACGAGAAGACUGACACGACCAACACCAAAGACGGUGCUGCCUCGAACGACAGUAAGGGAGUGGUGAACUCCAGCACUCACACGUACGAGGGUGGCGAAAACGAGAAGACUGACACGACCAACGCCAAAGACGGUGCUGCCCCGGACGAUUCUGACUGUCCCGAAGGAUACGAUAUAGCCAACACCAACGAUUCUGACUGUGCUGAAGGAUUGGAUAUUGCCGGCAUCGAGUGUAGUGAUGAAUACGAAAUAGCCAACGACGACUGCACUGAUGGACUCGACGUUGCCGGUGCGGAACCGUGCGAUGACGAGCUCGAAAUGGCUGACAAGACAGACACGACAGAGGAUGCUGAUAUCAGCGAAAAGUUAUCUACUGCUGAAAGUAAAGCCCCUGCCACUGCUUUGACUGCCACGGAUUCGUAUGCCUCUUCUCCUGGUGACGUCAAGCCUGCCAAUACUGGCAACGAUGAUGAUACUAAUGCGAAGCAGACGGCUUUCAGUGUCGAGGCGGUUAAGUUCCAGUCUGACGGUCCGUCGUCUACGACGACAUCAAUGGCUGUACCGUUGGCGGCUGCUGCCGCGGCCUGUGCCGCCCUUGCUAUCGUGGGUGUGAUUUACAUGAAGAGACGGAACAAGAAGUCAAAAGAGGCGGAAAGUGACAUCUUCACCGUCGACAAGCAUUCGGCACUGUAA